GCCGGGGGCGGACGGCACGGCCCACGCCUGUCACCGCCGGCAUAAAGGCGGGCUGUGCCGGCCAAGGGCCGUCAGUGCCUGCCAGCCCUGUCCCCGGUCCCCGCCGCCAUGAAAGUCUGGCUCCUGAUCGCACUCGCCAUCGGCACCGCGUGUGCCGCCCCCAGUGGCAUCGGCUUUCCCCCACCGCCGCCUCCUUCACACCCACCAAUACCGCCGCCGCCACCGCCGCCGCCACCGCCGCCGCCGCCGUCGUCUGGUGCCAGAUCCCAAGUAAAUGUCAAUGGCGGCGUGCAGACGGACGGAAACGCGCGAGCUGGCGUUAGCGGCGGUACAACCUCGACCGAAGUCACGCCCGACCAGAAGACCAGGGCGCACGUGCGCGUCGAACUGACGUCGCAGGAACAGGGCGCCGUCAAGGGCAAGGGCUCCGCCGCCGGUGAGACGGACAAGCUCGUCACACCCAACAGCGAAGAGGCCAGCAGCCAGACGAGAGCCAACACCAAGGUGGUCAGCACCGGCCAGGCCACCGGCAACAUCGACGCCAAUGGUGACGCCGCCACCAUCGGCGGAGUCACCAAGACGGACUCCACGGCGGGCAGCAGCUCGGCUUCCCGCGGCGACGGCGCUGCCAAGGGUCAUAUCAACUCGGUGGGUUCGGCUGGCGUGGAGGUGCGGCCCGACGGCGUCGCCACGCGCACCGAUUCGGCCUCCGACGGCAAGGCCACGUCGACUGGCGGCGCGGGCGGCAGCGUGGCAGGCCGCGGCCGCGCCGCCGCCAACGGCGGCCAGGUCACGGGCGUCAGCGGCAGCCAGGUGGGGCUGGACGUCAUCGGCGAUGGCGCCGCCGAGGGCUCGGAGGGCGCCUACACCAAGGGCGUUACGGGCGGAGACGGCCUCGCCCAAGGGGCGAAGACUGAGGCCGGCUCCAAGGGGCACGUGGCCACGAGGGGCCCCGGCGCCGGCGCCGCCGGACAGUCCAGGGGCACGAGCCGCGCCGGCGACUCCAAAGGCACGCUGACCACGAAGUCGGGGGCGCAGAACUCGUUGGAGUCGACGAACGACGGCCAAGCCCACGCUGCGGUCCGUUCCGGCGGCGAGUCGGUGCUCGGCCUCGAUUCGUUCAGUGGCGACCUUGUGGGCGUCACCAGGGCGCACUCCACCGGGCAACAAGCCUCGGAUGGCAGCGCCUCCAGCAAGGCCAACACCCAGGGUCAGGGGGCUAACAAGCGGGGCGGUGGAGGCUCCCUGUCCGACACCGCCUUUAACGGCAACACGGCCGGGCCGGGCAGCAUCGCAGGCUCGGUCGUCACAAACGGUGAGCACCGCUUCAAGACUGAAGGCCUUCCCGUCCGCCCGCCGCUGAAGGAUCUGCUCGACCAGGUGCUGCCCAGUGGCGACAACCUAGGCAAGGGGCAGAAGGGCAAGUGCCCAAAGGGACAGUGCCCGAAGGGCAAGUGACCGAAGAGUAACCUUCUGUAAACGAGGGAUGGGAGGCCUGUCGAAGGGAGCCAGGCGGCCUUGGGGCGUGCUGUGUAUAGGAAUAUGUGACAAAUAAAAAACAGAUUGUGCCAUUUCCAUCACCUGGGUGCAGCCGUCAACAA